GAAAAUCUAAACUUAGACAAUAAUUUCGGGAACGGAGGAGUACUAAUUUAAUUUCUUGUAAGUGAUUGAGGAAUUAACUAUCGCAAAUCCAGAGCAAAGUGCAUACUAACAAAUCUUAGUGUGAUUUGCUGCCUAUCACGUAUGAGUUGAUUGUGUCAAAGUAUUACCUCCAAUUCCUCGCAAUCUUGAAGCAAUUGAAUGCACAAAUUCUUGAUUCUUCUGUUCUUUCUCUUCCCAGGUAGUAAGUAAUAUUCCCAGAGAUUUUUUGUUACCCCCAAAUCCCCUUGUUUUCUUCAACACUUAUUACACUAAAAGGGUUUCGCCACCUCCAACUUAUCUCAGCAUUCUAAUCUUGGAAGGAUUCCUUAUGGGGAAGGAAGCCUCAAUUAGCUUCAUCAACUUUAGCAGAGCAAUCUGCCUGCGCUAACGCCGGCCUUCGAUUGAGCAUUGACUUCCUUUCAAGCAGAUUCGUCAACUUAUCUGCCAGAUUUGCGGGUCUGCAACUUUAUUCAUCAAUGGCGACUGGUGCUAACCACGGUCUAAAUCAUGUUGGGGUUUCACUUCCGGUUGAAAAUGUGCAAGAACUUGCCUCUAGAAACUUAGAAGAGAUCCCACAUAGAUAUAUCCGACCCGAGAUUAGGGCGGAUGAAGUUUCGGUCGAUGAGUUGUCAGAAAUUCCAGUCAUUGAUAUGAGCAGGCUUGCUGCUGGCAACAUUGGAUACCAAACUGAAAUGUUAAAACUUCACCAGGCUUGCAAGGAUUGGGGAUUCUUUCAGUUGAUUAAUCAUGGAGCAACAGCAGAAAUUGAGAAAAUGAAGAUGGAUGCGCAGGAAUUCUUUCAUCUGCCGUUAGAUGAGAAGUUGGUCUAUGCACAAUUGCCUGAUAAUCUCGAGGGAUAUGGUCAAAUAUUUGUUACUUCGGAGGAUCAAAAACUCGAUUGGGCUGACAUGCUCUUUAUUUUUCCGAUUCCAGUCUCAGCUAGGAACAUGAGAUUUUGGCCUCAAAAUCCCGCUUCUUUCAGAUCAAGCUUAGAGGAAUACUCCCUCAAGUUGCACAACACCUGCAUGUGUCUUUAUGAAUUGAUGGCCACUAAUCUUGGUGUGGAAUUUAAGAAGUUUGCUGAUAUGUCGCUGGAAUGCUCACAAGCUAUUAGAAUGAAUUAUUAUCCACCUUGCUCCCAAGCAGAAAAGGUCAUUGGUUUCACUCCACACUCUGAUGGAGAUCUACUGACCUUGUUGGUUCAAGUCAAUGAAGUUGAUGGUCUUCAAAUUCGCAAAAAUGGUAAAUGGGUACCCAUUAGACCUCUUCCUGGAGCCAUCAUUGUGAACAUUGGUGAUGCCAUGGAGAUAAUGAGCAAUGGCGAGUACAGAAGCAUUGAGCAUAGAGCUUUGGUGAAUUCUCAGAAAGAAAGGAUAUCUAUUGCUGCAUUUCACAGUCCAAGUGCAGAAGCAAAAAUUGGUCCCCAACCAGAUCUUUUGAAAGAAAAUGGAGCCAAGUACAAGACAGUGAGCUAUGAGGAAUAUGUGAAAAUGUAUCUUGGUAGCAGAGUAAAUGGCAAAAGGAUGCUUGAUACUGUGAAAAUAAACAACUGAAAUCAUGCAACUCCUGGUCUUAGCAGAGGAGCCCUGUUUGAUGGAUCUAAUUAGUUGAAGCCUAGUCAUUGUUUUAUGAAGAAGUUCCAGUGAAAUGGUCAAAAACAUGCUAGGCAGUAGGCACAAUAGUUCCACAAAGAAAAAGUUCAGACGCAUUUUCUGUGGCUAAAUCAGUUUGAACUUUGAAGGAUUCAAAGUUAUAUGAUAAAAACGGCAUCAGUCGGAUGUCUAUUUCUGCUAGAUGGGAGUUUUCUGGAGCUGUUUAGCACUUGUACUACGAAUGUUGAAAAUGUGAUGGUACAAGGAUAUGAAUUUGAAGCUAUAUUGCUAGACACUCACUAUUUGGAAGGUGGAUAGGUUGAGAAAUUGCAGAUGAACGUUUAUAGUCUUUCAUGCUAAUUAUGAUGUUGUGGAACUAUUUGGAGUUGGCUUCAGAGAAUCGAAGUCUUAGCAGACCCAAAAAGUAAGGCCCUGUAUGGCCCAUCUCCCAAAUCCAAAAAUAAAUAAAAAAAAUAAAAAAUGUACUGCAUUAUUUGAUGAACACUACUCUAUGUUUAAUGUAUAUGUACUGCAUUAUUUGAACACCGCUCCAUUUUUUGACUAAC